AGGCGAACAGUAGAUCGGUACGACGCUGGUGGGUUCGGCCCAUUAAUCAACGCCGAUGAACAAGGUGAUGGCGAAAAUGUAAUUAACGAAAUGAGAUUUCUAGAUGUAGAUGUCCACGUAAAUUACUGUAGAAUGAGUAUUCAGGGUUUCGACUAUCUACUUAGUCUUGUUGGGCCUUUAAUACAAAAGAUGACAACAAAUUUUAGAGAACCUAUUUCAUCUCGUACAAGAUUAUACUUGACAUUAAGAUACUUAGCCACAGGUGAUAGCAUGACUUCCAUAGCAUAUGCUUUCCGCAUUGGAUACAGUACAGCUUCAACCAUCAUCUCCGAAACCUGUCAAUGUUUAUGGGAUGUUUUGCAAAGCGAAAUGUUUGUUCCAUCCGAAGACAAUUGGAAAAAAGUGGCAAAGGAAUUUAAUGAUCGGUGGAAUUUUCCACAUUGUAUUGGAGCAAUUGAUGGAAAGCAUGUAACUAUAAAGGCGCCACCAGAAUCCGGAUCGACAUUUUACAAUUAUAAAGGAUGUCACAGUAUUAACUUGAUGGCAAUAGCUUCAGCAUUUUAUCAAUUUCUUCUCGUGGACAUUGGGGCGGAGGGUCGUCACAGUGAUGGUGGCGUUUUUAAAAAUUCAGCUAUGGGGAAAUUAUUUGCAGCAAAUGCGAUUCAUGUACCGGCACCUUGUCCAAUCGUCGAAAAUGGAGAAUUGAUGCCGUAUGUGUUGGUAGCUGAUGAGGCUUUUCAGUUAAUUAACUAUACGAUGAGAUCUUAUCCUGGAAAAACGCUAACUGAAUGAU